AUGGUGGCCGAGCAAUUGGGCAAGAUCUUGACGGGGGCGACAAACAAGGUACCUAUAAUAAUGGUCUUGAACAAGUGCGACGCAAACCAGGAUUUUGUAGCGGAGGUGGAGCGGCAAGUUAAAGAAGAUUGCAUAUGGGCAGCCAGUGUUGUGCGUGUAGCGGCCGAUCCAAAACACGGCCCGCUUAAUCAGCUAUGCGAGAAAUGCGGCUCGCCAGAUAUCAGCAUCUCCACCUAUCGCAGACGAUAUGCUUGCAACGAAUGCAGGCACGAUGACAGUUUCAAGAAGAGUUACGGGCUGGAUGAAUUGGUGAAGGUCACCGUCGGUCACCUCCCCGGUGUGGUCGCGACGUCAUUUUCGGCUGCCCAGAAGGUCUGGCUCGAAGGUCUCGAUCAGGUUGCUAUCAGAGACAUUUGUGGUUUCGCCCUUACCGCAGGCGGCAUCGGUGCCGCCCCGAUUCCCGCGCUCACCCGCUUGGUGCUGUACCCAGUUCAGUACGCCAUGGUGAUCAGGCUCGCCACCAUCUAUGGCGUGAUCCUAUCAUCCAGUGCUGGCCUUCACCUUGUUGGGUCACUGUCCUUCAUCAGUCUGGCUGGCUUGUCAGGAUGGGGCCUGGCGACCCUGCUCAAAUGCAUACCCGGUUUGAGCGUUGCCGGCAUGGCCACGGACGCCGCCGUCUCCUCGUCCGUGACCCUGGUGAUGGGGCUCGUCACGAAGACGCUGCUCCGCAGGGUCCGCGGCAGGGCGAUGUGCAACUCGGACGAGCUGGCAGUGACGCCCGAGGACCUCGCGGAGAUCAUGAGCAACGAGGAGCGGACGUCGCUGUUCAGCGAGUAUUUCGGCCGCUUGACGCCCACGCUCGCGGCCCUCUUCGCCGAGGGGGCGCCCUCGUGCGAGGCGCUGGAGGGCGCGGCCGCCGCUGCCGAGGGGAUCGACCUGACGCGCCGGCCGUGA